AUGGGUCUCUUCAACAGCUUCCUCUUUGUUUAUCUCCUUGGCGGAUUUACCUUUCUCCCUCUGGUCCUGUCGCUAUUUCUUCUCUAUUCAUACCUCGUCCUGCCGCCGUCUUCCCCGCAGUCCGAGCGUGUAAGCGACUCCGCCGAUACCUCGAUCCACCGCCCUAAUGACGAUCAAUUCAGUCUCAAAUCCGGAACAGAUGAGUUAGCGGAGGAAUUCUAUCGCACUCAUGACACAGAUGUCGCUGCAGGAUACUUUGUGGUCUGUCGCGAAUAUGUUCCGGGUGGAAUCAAUGGGAAGCCUCCAGAGCGGACCACUCCCGCAGGGGAGGUAGUUGGCCCGGAAAGUCCAAGCGUCUAUCAAACGAUGUAUAGGAGUCUCUUUGACCGGAAGCAAUCGCCAACGAUUGAGCCAGCGAAGAACAUGGCAAGGAACGGCAAACGGACACGUAACAUGUUCUACAUCGUGCUUCGACAUGGUCAUCUGAUGCUUUAUGACGACGCGGACCAAGUGGAGGUCAGAUAUGUCAUAUCGCUUGCCCAUCACGAUGUGAGCAUAUAUGGCGGAGAAGGGGAGAUACCGGAGGGCGAAUUAUGGCUGAAACGCAAUGCUAUCAGUCUUUCACGACGACUCGACUCGCUCGGUGAUCUCGGGGGACCAACUCCUCCAUUCUUCUUCUUUUCUGAGAACUUGUCCGACAAGGAAGAUUUCUAUUUUGCCAUGCUUCAGAACCAAUCGAAGAUGGUACAUUUUCCCAAAGGCCCGCCCAAGCAUCAAGACAUCGACGUUAAGCAUAUAGUCACACUAGUCCAGCGUUUGCAUUCUUCAGAAGAACAGCUGCAGACACGGUGGAUCAAUGCCGUACUGGGUCGAAUGUUCCUUGCGUUGUACCGAACGCCCGAGGUGGAGGAGUUUGUCCGGACCAAAAUUGUCAAAAAGAUAUCGCGUGUUAACAAACCGAAUUUCAUUAGCAAGAUAGGGCUUCGAAGCAUCGAUAUGGGAAAUGGUGCCCCCUUCAUCAUAAACCCAAGACUAAAAGAUCUUACUGUUGAUGGCAAUUGCUGUGUUGAAACGGACGUUCAGUACACGGGCAGCUUCCGGGUGGAGAUUACCGCAACUGUACGCAUCGACUUGGGACAGCGGUUCAAAGCGAGGGAGGUUGACAUCGUUCUAGCCGUGGUGCUUAAAAAGCUGGAGGGUCAUAUGUUGAUACGACUCAAGCCUCCACCGAGCAACCGAGCGUGGAUCUCUUUUGAGUCAAUGCCCAAUAUGGACAUGGAUAUUGAACCUAUUGUCAGCUCGAAACAAAUAACCUACGGUAUCAUAUUGCGGACUAUCGAGAGCAAAAUCCGAGAAAUGGUAGCAGAGAGCAUUGUCCUGCCUUUCUGGGAUGAUGUUCCUUUCCUGGAUACCAUGGCGCAGCGAUUCCGUGGUGGUAUCUGGCAGCGCGAUUCUUCCGAGCCCGGUUCAACAGUUGAAAUACCUGAUGAGUCUGGGUCCCGGCCGCAAGUUCCAGAGAGCAGUGGCACGGUCAAAGCAUCGAAGCCGGCAGAUGAUCGUACUAUGAGCGCGCCAGCUCUUUCAGAAUCUGCUACCAACACUGCCACGCGCCGCAAGAAGUCAGAGGCCUCAGAAAUGUUGGAUAAAGGUUCAUCGACCGCCCUAUCCUCGCCCGUUGGAAAGAAUCCUAAUUCGCCGCCGCGAGCAAUUCGUUCCCGGACGUUCUCGCAUACUGCAGAUCCUGUGCUUACCGCUGAUCAUGGCCAGGUUGACGCUAUACUCUCUGACUUCAAAACUGACGAAAAGGGCAAUGCUACUAGUUCGAUGAUUGAGAUAUCCCGCCGGUCACCGCUCGUCACACCAAGUAAAACCCCUGGCAGUUCGCCUCCUAGCGAUCAUCAAAGCCUGUCGGAUAUUGUACACCCAGGCUGUGAAUCGUUCAACGCCAGUUCUGUUGGGAAUUUGGGGGAAACAAGCAGCGACCCGUUCAAAAGUCCGUCUUCUACUCAGGCAGUUCAUUCUGCUCUGGACAUGAGAGACGCGGCCAGUCAAUCGAGCUCGUCUUUGAACAGCAAUAAAACGCGUCGUUCUUCUACUCUAGACAGCUCGGCAGUCUCGUCCGCUUCUCAUAUAUCUUCCGAUAAAAAGUUUCAGAGCUCGUUGUCACUAGGUGCAGCGACCUCGAUAGCGAAGAAAUGGGGAUUGAACAUGUUCGGAAGCAAGGAGUCUCAUACAAACUCGGGAGUUGGCUUAUCACGACCCGCAGGAACCCCUGAAGAACCAAUUGGGCGUGGGCAUCCGUUUCCUCCUCCAGGCAUUCCGCUGCCGACGCCCGCGAAAGUCAAUAACAAGCGAAAUUCUGUCUCAGUACCGAAGCGUAAACCUGUGCCAUCUACCAGCCUCCAGGAGGAAAUGACAUUGGAUGGGAACGGGCGAAAUCAGUUACCAUCAAAGUUCCCUCCUUCGCGGCGGAAAACUGUCCUUGACUUUGAUGUCGAUGCGGCACGGUCUGAUGAGCUGCUUGUUGUCGAGCCUCCUUAUGACUCGACGCCCAACAGCCCAGCGGACUUCACACCAGCAUCGGGCCUGCCAGAUCAACGCCGGUUUGCUACUAAGGAACCCAGGGAUCUCGCUCAAGUUGACACUAAGGUCGAAACACGGCAGAAUCAUGCAGAAGAGCAUUCAACAAUGGACCGGUUAUCAGCUCUGGAUCGCUCGGAAAAUAAGGAGAGGAACCCGACAAAACCACCGGCUACCGAUAAUUGUCUCUUAGAGAAGGCCUAA